AUGCCCACGUCGACUUUCGAUACAGCGGCGAUAAUGGAAGGGGAGGAGACGAGCUACCGGCCUAGUAUACUUUACAGCGUGCUCCCUACUGUUGUAUCGAACCACCUUCCGACGAUACCUUCGCUCCGACAAUCCCUCAAUGAUGUACGGAAUCGCGGCUCACACAGCAAGUCAGCCUCUAUCGAUGAACUGCCACAACCCGAGACGCCUCCGCCAGGCUACUCGUCGAUACCACCGAGCGGCUCUAUCACACCACAUAGACUCUCUGUUGCGUUGGGUGAAGCAGAUGCUGCUUUCGUGGACGACGCAGAGGAUAGACCUGGGUCUUCAGGGAGUGCACUUCCACAACUAUAUCGCGCUCAAGAGACGAGCACUGGAAUUAGGUGGAGCUAUGCUUCCUUAGGAACUAGCCUCAUGGCUCAAGCAUCCCGAGAAUCCAGCGAAUUCAUUAGUACCUCUGACGAAACCUCCGCGACGCUCACCCGCCAACUCUACGUGCAUGGCGUAACAUAUCUACUGCGAGGGCUGCCAACGAAGCUUACACCAGAAGAGACAUCGAGCAUCCAGGCCGCCCUUCCACAAGACCUUGUGGAGACAAGGCAUACCGCAGACACGCACGCCUUAAUCGCCGUCUCCCAACAUACCGCAGCCACCAACCAUGCACCACCUCGCGACCCCACGAUUCUGCACCGGCUGACUGCGACCCUCGUCUUACAAUCCUUCAUCCUUAUGCAGUUCCUGCUACCAUAUAUCAAGCUGUUUCUCUCACAUACCUACCAGUUUGAGCGGAAACAUCAGAUCACAAAACGGCUGGUCAAUACGAGCGUUGCGACCGUCGAUGACAUUGGACGGAAGACGUUGAGGCUGAGCCAGACUGUGUGUCAAAUGAACGACGGCAUGGUUGGUCAGGUGAUUAACGAGGUGGCUGUUUGGUGGGUCAGGGGGAUCACAGGGGGUGUGCAAGAGGGAAUCGCUGAGGGGCUAAGGGUUGUGAGGGUGGAAGAGAGGGAGGCGAGGGGUAAUUGA